CAGUGCUGUCACUGUCCUGUCAGUCAGUGCCUUAACUUCCGCAAGUUAUAUUGCUAGAUUGAAGUAGAUUGCUACUUUUACGUAGCAUAACGCAAAAUAAAAUCAAAGUGAUCAACGCUUAACUUGUAAAAGUAAAAGGUAACCCACAUCAUGUUUGCAAACAAAGUGGUACUGAUCACCGGCGCCAGCUCGGGAAUCGGAGCAGAAACUGCUUUAGACUUCUCAAAACUUGAUGCUAAAUUGGUACUUACCGGAAGAAAUAAACAAAAUUUAGAAAAAGUUGCUAAACAAUGCGAAGAAAAUUCGCCAAGCUCUUUAAAACCACUGAUUGUAAUCGCCGAUAUGAAUAAUGAAAGUGACGUAGAAAACAUUAUUAAAACUACUAUCAACGAAUUCGAGCAACUCGAUGUUUUGGUAAACAAUGCUGGUGUUCUUGAAUCUGGUUCCAUAGAAAACACUUCACUAGACCAGUACGAUCGGGUGAUGAAUACUAACGUCCGAGGACCGUACCAUCUAACAAUGUUAGCUACUCCUCACCUCGUGAAAACAAAGGGAAAUAUAGUUAACGUAUCCAGUGUGACUGGCUUACGAUCUUUUCCAAACGUUCUUGCAUACUGCAUGUCUAAAUCUGCGUUGGACCAAUUCACGAGGUGCGUCGCUCUAGAACUGGCACCGAAGAGUGUUCGUGUUAACGCUGUGAAUCCUGGUGUUAUAACUACAGGUAUUCAUAUGAAGUCUAGUAUGAAUGAACAGGAAUACGAAGAAUUUAUUAAGAAAUGUGCGCAAAGUCAUGCCCUGGGUAGAGCCGGUAACGCAAAGGAAGUUUCAUCGGUGAUCGUCUUUCUAGCAAGUGACGCUGCAAGUAACAUGACUGGUGUCACUAUACCUGUUGAUGGAGGACGCCAUGCUAUGUGUCCACGAUAGAACUUCUAAACUAAAUAUGAGUAACACAAAUAUAAUAUAUCGACACCAGCAAUUUAUACUGCGCUAACUCAAAAAGCGUACUUUACAGUAGAGGCGUUUAAAGGGAAAAACGUGAUAACUUUUACAUCAAUUAAGACACUUUUUUGAAAUUUGGUAUGCUUAAUAUUUAAUUUAUUCAUUGUAAUAUCUCAUAUUUAUAUUUCCUUAAUUAUUUAUAUUUUUUGAUUUAGCGCAAGUUAGCCGUAUAAUAACGUAAUUCAUCAAAAAGAAUUUACAUCUUAUACACGUCUAACUUAUGUUAGCGUAGUGUAGUACGGGAGGUCGUAGUGCAUGAUCAAUCAUCUGAUGCAUAUUUCAAUAUUUUAUAAAGAACAUGUACUUACUUACAAAAAGAAUAGUCAACGUACCAUUAAUAAACUAAUUAAUACGUUAACACAUAAGUAUUUACUAUGUAAAAGUCGCUAAGUCGUUCAUUUUACAAACGAACAAGUAUACACACGAACGUACUAAACUACGCUAACUAUGAGUUAGUGCAGUGUUGCACGGACUUUGACCAAAGUGAUCCGCGCGCACACUCCGCUAAUAAUAGUUGGCGUAAUAUAAAUCGAGUGAUUUCAAAAAGUACCUUUACUUAGCGUUUUAUAAGAUUUGUAACUUUCUUAUUUUUGCAUAUUUCUUCUCAAUUUUUUUAUGACGUAUGUAAACACAUAUUUUAAGCAACUUGGCAUAAAAAAAGUUUUUUCCAAAUUUCGAGUUAGCGUAGUAUAAAUUGCUGGUGUCGAUAUAUUGUAUGUAUAUUGUUGAGAAUUAUUAAUAUCUUAAAAUUAAAUAUUUUAUUAUAGAUUGUUUAA